CAAAUAGUAAAUAAAUUACAUAAAUCUACCCGAGCUUUAUCGUUCGUCGUCGGGUGGCAACUAACCUAAUACACGUAAGUCCCCAUUCCCCAACAACAUAAGAGAAAGGACAUGAAAUGAGUAACAGAAAACGAAACAUCAAAGUAGAGAUAUAACAGGAGAGAGAAAGAGAGUUCAACAACAAUGGUGGCCAUUUCACUGUACAGAGGAAACCUCCAUAGAUUACCUUCCGACGUACCAAGAAGGUGGUUGAUGCCGACUCACGGUAUAUCUAUCAAGGAUUUCCGAUCUCUUCUUUGCCGCCGUUCCAAGGCUCUCUCUCUUCUCCCUUCCUCUUCUUCUUCCGUCGUCGAAAACCCUAACCCUAAUUUUAAUUUGAAUCCUGUGAAUUCCUUACCGCCGCCUAAUCAAUCGGAUUUCAAGGGUGUUGUAAACCCUAAUUUGGGUCAUGAACCAUCUAGUAAUGUUGAGGUUAGAAUGAGUGAUGCUGGUGAUUCUGCGCAGUUGGAUCAUCCGCCAUUGUUGAUUGAUGAGGAUGUUAAGAUGCUGGUUGAAAUUAAAGAGAACGAGAAUGAGAAGAAGGAGAAGGAGAAGGAGAGUGCUCCUGUUGUAGAUAAUCCAAAUGCUACUACUUUAGAGGGCGAUGAAAAAGUUGAUGAAAAAGAGAAGCGGAAGAGAGAGGUUGAGGAAAAAUUGCAUAUAUUAAAUGAAAAGAAACACAAUUUAGUACAAGCACUUAAGCAGAUUUUGAGUGCAGAAGAAGAACUAAAGAGGCGAAGUAGUAUGCAAGCAAGUCGACCUCCUCUUCCUCUUCAAGUGGAUGUUUCAAAUGACUCUGGGUCAAUGACUCGUCAUGCUACACCUAGAACAGGUUCAGAGGCAAAUCUUAAUGUUGAUAUGGAAGGAGGUGAAGGAGAUGAUGCUGUAAAUAAUAACCCACAAUCUAGACAAUUGCUCUGCAUGAGCAGUACUUCACCCUCUGCAGAGUCUGCGCUCAGAAGAGCACCAUAUUUCCAGCAUAAUGCGGCUCCUCAUCCUUCUUGAGCAGCAUUGGUUGCUGCUGGCAGUCCCUCACGUUUUGCUCCCUCGGGAAAUCAGGGUCACCCAUCAAACUUGCCAACCGUGUCUGUAUCUGGGACAAAUUAUUUUGCAUCUUCACCUUCCCCUGCUGCUUCUGGUGGCUCUUCAGGGUUUUAGAGAUGCCAGGCACCCAAGCCCAUGGAAUUAAUGCCCUUGUAUUCAAUCUCAAGUUCAGACAUACUAGGUGUAUAAAUUAGAUAAGAUUUGAUGCUCGGUUUUGGUGGACAAAGCUUGAUUUUGUUGAUUGCUUGCAGUAAAUUGUAGUAUCUACUAGGUUAAAAAAUUAAAUUUGCAAAUAUAGACACGGCUGUACUGAUUUAGUAGUAUUUGUUUCUUGUACUACAUAUAGUUCCUGAUGUAUGGUGUUGUGCCAUGGAAUUUCGACGUACAUUAUUGUUAGCUCGGUUCUUGGUGUUCUUUGGGUUGUACAUCAGGGUGAUUUUUGUAAUGGAUGUAAAUGAAUUUGAUAGAAAAAAAAACGGAAUUUUACGCAAUGAAAUGUCUUUAUAAGGCUGUGUAAAGUCCAUUUUGGUUUGGCACCAACUCCUAUAUAUAUAA